AUGGCCGCUCACGAUAGGAGCGUGCUCGUUCUGUACGGGUCCGAGACGGGCAAUGCCCAGGACAUGGCAGAAGAGUUGGGGCGGAUAUGUCAAAGACUGCAUUUUGAAAGUCGUGUUGAAGAACUCGACGCAGUAGAUCUAAAUACGCUUCUUCAACCUAACUUCGUAUUAUUCGUCAUAUCAACCACUGGCCAAGGAGAUAUGCCUCAUAACUCACUGGUCUUUUGGAAAAGGCUUCUUCGGAAGAAGCUACCACCAGGUUGCUUAGCUUCAGUCAAUUAUACAACUUUUGGACUUGGAGAUAGUACUUAUGUCAAGUUUAAUUGGGCAGCUCGCAAGCUCAACAGGCGUCUCGAUCAACUUGGUGCUACAACCUUCUUUGAUCCCUUUGAGGCGGACGAACAAUUUCCAGAUGGUAUUGACGGAAGUUUUGUGCGUUGGGGUGAGCGACUUUACAACCACUUACUUGAACACCAUCCUCCCCCUACUGGACUUGAGCCUAUCCCUGAUGAGGUUAUUCUCCCCGCUAAAUGGUCCCUAAAGAGUCCUCUCACUGGAAAUUCAAUAAGAAACGGCCAUGUAUCUCCGAUAACUUCCAACCUUCCCCCCUCUUCACCCCUUCCUAUCCCCAAUGGUUGGAAAGCGACUCUGGUUGGAAACGACAGACUCACACCAGAGAAGCACUGGCAAGAUGUCCGCCUCAUCUCAUUUGACAUUCCACGUCGUGAUGGAGACAAGUUGUGUUGCGUCCCUGGAGAUUGCCUGACUAUCUACCCUAAAAACUUCCCCCAAGACGUCCAGAAGCUCAUUACCCUCAUGGGCUGGGAAGAGGUGGCCGACAAAUCCCUUGACCUCUCAUUAUGCGAAUCUCUUCCUACGAACCUCCAUAUAGAUCCCAAAUGCACACUGAGAGAGCUACUUUUGAAUAACAUCGACUUCACUGCAAUCCCUCGGAGAUCAUUCCUCAAGAACAUGUCUUACUUCUCCACCAAUCCAGACCACAAGGAGCGGCUUCUCGAGUUCACCAUGACUGAGUACCUUGAUGAAUAUUUCGACUACGCAACUAGGUCAAGGCGAUCUAUUCUCGAGGUCUUGGAGGAGUUUACAUCCGUCAAACUACCUGCCGAGCGUCUCUUCGAUAUUUUCCCCAUUAUUCGCGGACGAGACUUUAGCAUUGCCAAUGGUGGCGAGCAUCAAAAUCAUCCGACAGACAAGGACAAGACUCGUGUCGAGCUUUUGGUCGCUUUAGUCAAAUACAAAACUGUCCUUCGCAAACCUCGCGAGGGCCUCUGCUCUCGUUAUCUCGAUAACAUUCCCUUGGACUCCAUUCUUACUGUCACACGCAAACCAGUUCUCUCACCCAUUCAUGGCCUACAGAAUGCCCGACGGCCUCUAGUUGCCAUCGCCACAGGCACAGGCCUUGCCCCAAUACGGGCCCUUAUUCACGAGCGCCUCACGCACCCAUCACCAGGACCGAUGUACCUCUUCUUUGGGAACCGCAACCGUGAGGCCGAUUAUUUCUUCCAGCAAGAACUUGACGCCGCCGUGCGUGAGGGACAUCUUAAUGUGUUUUUAGCAUUCUCGCGUGAUCAGCGAAAUAAGAUCUAUGUCCAGGACAGGCUACGCGAAGAGGCCAAGAGAAUCGAGGAGGCAAUCCUCGACAAUGGAAUAUUCUGCGUCUGUGGUGGUUCAACCAAGAUGGCGGAUGCGGCUAAGAAGGCAGUGUUUGGCCCCUUCUCGGAGGGAGUAAAUGAUACAGAGGAGCGCAAGAAGAUUCUGGCAGCAUUGACAUGGUGGCAGGAGAUAUGGUAA